UAUAACCAUUUUCUCAACGGAAAAGCUCCGCAACUUGGAACUCUAGCAGGUUUUACGUAAUCUGAUCUUAAUUAGCAACAAUGUCGGAGGAGUUGGCACCUAGCCACAUGGAUCCGGCCGACGAUCAUCCAAAAAGAAAGCUCGAAGAUUUGGAGCUCAACAGCGGGUCUGAGCCACUCGUUGUCCCGCGCUUGACGGCCAACUCGGAUCUGGACACAGUGAAGAACGCAACUGAGGAAGAGGAGGAGAAUGGAGCUACAGAUGAGUCUGAGGCAAAGCGAGCACGCUUCGACAGUAAUGAUUAUAAUAGCAAUGAAACUGACGGCGUUGUACCUACUCAGAAUGGAGAGUCGGAAGACAAGCCGAGAGAGGAGGAAGUUGGGGAGCCUGGAGCUAUGGAUAAUAAUGGCUCGUGUCAAUCGGGUCAAGAACUUGCCAUGGGAGCGGUGGAGAUGACUACUAGUGAACAACUAGCUUCCGAUCAGAAUGAUAAUGCCCUGACCAAAAGUGCUGAGGAACAAGGACAAUCUAAAGGAGAAGCUCAAGAGCCUUCUGAGGAACUUCCUAAAGAGGAUGAUGUUCCAUCAACCGAGCUGCAGUCAGAGUCUGACAUGCAAAUACUGUCGCACAAAAUGGAGGUUCCUAGUGACAAGGUUGGGGUUAUAAUUGGAAAGGCUGGGGACACUAUUAGGUCCCUUCAAGACAACACAGGUGCCAAAAUUCAGAUUGUGAGAGAUGCUGAUGCAGAUCCACAUUCUGCCACCAGGCCUUUGGAACUGAUAGGAACUUUGGAAAAUAUAAAGAAGGCCGAGAAAUUGAUAAAGGAUGUUAUUGCUGAGGCUGAUGCUGGAGGUUCUCCUUCACUCGUUGCUCGGGGAUUCAGCACUGUGCAAGCUGCUGGAGGUGGAGAACAGCUUGAAAUGCAAGUCCCAAUUGAAAAGGUUUAUGAUGUAGGAUUAAUUGAAUACGAUCUACGACAACAAAAAUGGAGUCGUGUUUCUUUGGAGUACGUGGCAAUCCUAGCACGAAUCUAUACUAACGUCUUGCCAAGGACAACUAGGGAUGGGGAGAGGAGUGUAGAGGUCUGUGUUAUGCCUUUUGUGCUUAGAUCAUUGACAGACAAAAGAAUAGGCUUGCAAAUAUUCGAUCCAGCGGUCAUGCCGAGAAUUCAAUCGUCUCUGGGAAUUAAGGAGACGAAGGGCCUCAUGGUCAGAAAAGAGGACAAAUUCGUGGGGAUCAGUAGAUACUCCCGUAGUGGAAACAACAAAUCCGAGAAACACAAUUGUAUCCGUGAAGAAAGAACAUUUCUUCACAUUGGCAUACAAGCUUGUUGCACGCAAUGUAGAGCAAACUUGCGUGAGAUGAUCUCGAUGUUGUUCCCUUGUUUUGCUGUACACGAGGAUGUCAUUAAAGUAUUCGACAAUGAAUUUGCCCAUGAAAGGCUGAAGGGCCUGUGUCAUCACCCUCAUAAAAGUACUAGGAGCAUUGCUUUGAUUGUGGUUGAAGUAUACAAUUACUGGUCAUAUGUUGUGGGUUAUCAGCAGAUUGGUGGGUUCCUGGGUGUUGAAAGUGGACGGUUGCAACGGGUGAAGGUUAUUGUGGCGACAGUUUGGAAUCAGAUUUGGUGUAAUGGGUCUCAAAAUAUUUGUAUAGAAGUCGUUGGCUGCAAUUUGGGUGUUAAGUGUAUAUGCAAUGGGCUAUUGGACUUUUGGAAGUGUGCUGGUUUUGUCGUGUUGAAGAUAAUGGUGGGAGUUGCGAGUUUGUGGAAGAAGAAUUCAGCAGCCUACCGGUUGGUUUGGAGAGAUGCUAAUGCUAGGAAUAGUGGGAGUUUAACUGGAUUAAUUGAAGAAGAAAAGCAAGAAGCAGAGAAGAAACAAGAAGAGAGAAUCCGGAAAGAGUGGGAAGAGAGAAGACAGAGGGGAUUUAUUUGUCUUGAAGUUGCCGAUUUCGAAUUGGUUGGCUUUAAAAAUGCAGAUUUGGCUUUUGCCUUUACUUCGGGCCAGACAUUGUCCUCAUGGUGUAUCAAUAGACAACCACUAUUCAUUCUCGUCCAUGGAAGAGAGACCAUAUGGCAAUCGCCUCUCUCUAGUGGAUAUAACCAGCAGGCUUUUCAUCCUCGUGGAUCUGUUGCUUCACAAUGGGGACCUCGUGGGCCCCAUCAGGCACAGUUCUCAGCUUAUGAUUAUCUGCAAAGAGGACCAAAUCCUUCUCAGAAUUCUUUAUAUCCACCUCAAGCAUAUGGUCAGUAUCCUCCACAACAGGCACCACGAAACAGCUAUGGUCCAAGCUGGGAGCAAAGGCCACCAGCUACAAUGCAGGGGCCCUCACCUCAGAUCAACUAUGGACAGCCAACUCCUUACUCUCAAACACCUGCACAACACUUUGGUCUUCCUGGGUACAGUGAAGUGAAAUAUGAUGACUAUGUGUCCUCACAACAGUUUGGGAACACGGGUUCUCAGCCAACAGCUUAUGCUCAAAGUGGUACAUAUUCAGGGUAUGGUUCACAGGACCAAUAUGGUAAGCCACCAAUGUAUGAUGUGCAGCCACAGGUACACCAUUCUCAAUCUUAUGGUCAGCCUAGGCCUAACCAACUCGGAGAAGUUUCCUAUCAAGGUCCUGCUGCGCCAUCUCAAGCAUAUGGUCAAACUGUGCCACCUCAACAGCCAUAUCCAUAUGUGUCAACUGGACCGGUGCAGCAUAGCUAUGCUCCAUAUGGUUCUGUACCUCCUGCUGAUGGAUACAGUCAUCCACCAUCUACCACAGCAUCUGGUUCUGGUUAUCCUGUGCAAGGUGGUCAACCUGUUGCUGGGUAUGGUCAGCCUGGUGGACAACAGACUCCUGCAUAUAUACAGGCUGGACCUACUGGAGGUUAUGGUUCUUAUCCAUCUACUCAGCCUGGCCACAAUGAACAACCAGCAGCAAAUACCACAGCUUACGGUUAUCAAGGGCAGAUAGAUCCUGCAUAUGGUAGUGCCCAGGGUCCUGCAGGUUAUGGUGCACCUGCCACUGGACAGUCGGUUUAUACACAACCAGCACCAGCUCAAGCUGGGUAUAACGUACCACAGUCGGGAGGUUAUCAGUAGUAUGGUUAUGAGAAAAAUGUCGCCCCAACUUUCAUCUGCACUUUGAUUUUAAUCUGAUGUAUGCUUCCGCAUAGUUGAGUCUGGACUUGAAUAGUUCUAUUAUUAACGGACUUUGAUGUUAGAUCUAUACUGCCUGUACCUUGUAAACAUCUUGUGAUGCUAUUUUAGAUUUGAAGGUUAUCAGUUGGAUUUUAUA